AUUUAUACGAUUUUUACACACGCACACAUAUGCAAUGUUGUAACAUAAGAAAUUGUUUUAAUUUCUCUUUAUUAACAUUGUUGUGGGCGUGGAAGUUUAUUUUACAAAGUGUCAAACUGUUCGAAAAUUACCAAAAAUAGUGCAAACGUAAGGAGUUUUCUAGAGAACGAGCGGUGACCGAUUUACUAUUCUCACUCCAAAUUAGGGAAAUUUCUUACAUCAGACUAUGCCUGGAAUUAUUGGUAUGUCAAUGGAUCACAUGUUUUGUUCCCGUUGUCGAGAGGGUUUCGAGCCUCAUGAAAAAAUUGUCAAUUCCAAUGGAGAACUUUGGCAUCCUCAAUGUUUUGUGUGUGCCCAGUGUUUUCGUCCAUUUCCAGAAGGAAUAUUUUACGAAUUUGAGGGACGUAAAUACUGCGAACAUGAUUUUCACGUUCUCUUUGCUCCUUGUUGCGGCAAAUGCGGCGAAUUUGUCAUUGGAAGAGUUAUUAAGGCAAUGAAUGCAAAUUGGCAUCCAGGAUGCUUUCGAUGUGAAGAAUGUAAUGGAGAAUUGGCCGAUGCUGGAUUCAUUAAAUGUCAGGGAAGAGCUUUGUGUCACUCUUGUAAUGCAAAAGUAAAAUCAGGUGUUUUGGGAAAACACAUCUGUCAUCAAUGCCAUGGAGUUAUUGACGACAAACCAUUACGAUUUCGGGGUGAAAUGUAUCACCCUUAUCAUUUUAAUUGCGCUUCCUGCAGAGUUGAAUUAAAUUCAGACGCUCGGGAAGUUAGAUCAAGACCGGGAUAUGCAGUUAAUGAAAUGAACGAGCUCUAUUGCCUAAGAUGUCAUGAUAAAAUGGGUGUUCCAAUUUGUGGAGCUUGUCGACGACCAAUAGAAGAGAGAGUGGUAACAGCCCUCGGGAAACAUUGGCACGUAGAGCACUUUGUCUGCGCAAAGUGUGAGAAACCCUUUCUGGGUCAUCGUCACUAUGAGAAAAAGGGUCUCGCUUAUUGCGAAACUCAUUAUCAUCAAUUGUUCGGAAAUCUCUGCUUUGUAUGCAAUCAAGUCAUCGCAGGCGAUGUCUUUACUGCCUUGAAUAAAGCCUGGUGUGUUCAUCAUUUUGCCUGUGCCUUCUGCGAUCAGAAAAUGAAUCAAAAAACAAAAUUUUUCGAAUUCGAUUUAAAACCAGCGUGUAAGAAGUGUUACGACAAAUUUCCGACUGAAUUAAAGAAACGAAUGCGUCGUAUGCAUGAAUUAAAGGGUUAUUCCCCAAAAACCGUUUGAAAUUCUCUAUUUCUAAACGGUGGGACUUUUUUUUUAAGAGAAGAAAACAUUGAACUGACCAUUGUUAACAUUACUAUUAUCAUUAACCAUUCUAUUUUAACUGUUAUUUAUUCUAGCAGUACUUAACAAUUUUAUAUAAAAAAAACCAACUAAAUCUUUAAUAAUCGAGAUUAAUUGGAUAGAACUUUAGAAACUAAAUUUUUACAUUAUUUUUUAAAUAUGUAUUCUUAAACUUUUAGUAUAUUUUUAUAUAGAUACUAUAUUUCUAAUAUUAUAAAUGAAUUCCGUGGCCUUUAUAAAUGAGAUUUUCUAUUUUAAAGUAUUUUGAUAGAAAUUCAUUCAAAGAAACAAUAUUUAUAAACAAUUUUAUGAUUGUUUUUUUAUGAACAUCUUGCCACACGUUUUAAUUGUAUAAGAAAUAAUUUAUAUUGUAAAUUAAUCAGGGUUGCCACAGGUCAGGGAAAUCAGGGAAUUCAGGGAAAAGUCAGGGAAAGUGGAAUUGGUCAGGGAACUCAGGGAUUUUUAUUAAAGUACUG